CCGGCCGGAACUUGAAUCAGCCGUGUCGGCAUUGCGUCAUCUACGGCUAUGGCUAUUCCCUGUGCGUCUCCCUCUCGAAACUGAAGCUGUAGCCGCAAAGAAUUUUUUCUGUGCAGCCAAAAGCUUGUUUGACCGUAAGGCGCUUAAGCUAGCAAAGAUCCGCUACAGUAGCCUGCGCCCUGCUGCUGCUAUGCUGGGCAUCGGUUGAGAGGCUUCAAAAUGAUGGCAUGUUUACGUUCGAAGUCCACAGACAGUCAUUAGUAUACUUUACAGGUAGUUGCAAAAUUUUCCUCAGGACGCAACAUAUUUUGGUACAGGCCUAAGGCAAAACGAAACUGAAAUUGUGAUUAGAUAGCAAGGAUCUUCACAUGUUUGUCACACUGUACGGUCACGAUAGCCCAGGUUGGACUUGUCUUCAUUUCACUACUUCCGUAACGUAGUACAGUCAGGAUACUUGGGCUAGGUCACAUGUAUACAACUCGUCACCAUUGGUCAUGUCGGUGUGGAAUGUAACUGCGGUACGGAUAUUAUAUGCAGCUCUUCAUCUGUAGGACGUAGACUGUAUUCUACCAAUUGAAGUCAGCCUACAUAGCUGAAUAGGGCAGCAUCAUGGAAGGGAGCUUACACACAGCGAUGAAGGCUGUUGGCCAGGCUAUCCAGUUGGAUGGUGCAGGUAGGAGCAGGGAAGCAUAUUACAGAUACCUGGCCUGCAUUCAGUACAUCUCCCAAACAGUGCUAGAAGAAGCCAAAAAUCAAGGUUACCAGGGACCAAUCAAGACUAAAAGUACUGCCAGAAUGUUGAAGCUGGCCCAGCAAUGCAUGGACCGCGUGACUGCCAUCAUGGAAAAUGCAGAGGAAGGCAGUUCAGCUCAUCUUGCCCCUCCUCCACACCCUGAUGAGCAGUCGGGCCGGUUCAGCCCCUCCAUCUGCACCUUUAACUCCUCCCCCGUGCCAGUGGAGCAGCCCUCCGGGGCCUCCAGGCCACCCCCAAUGAUGAGCACGUCACCCAAACCUGCCAAGUUUCCGUCGGCCAGCGGCAUCCCGGUCACUGCUCCGAUGGCCUCCCUACCAGUUCCCGUAGGUUAUCAGAGACUGCAUGUCACCAGGAAGGACAAGCUGACACCACUGGAGGCGGCAUAUGUGGAAAACCGGCGCCUCAUGAACUCCUACAGAGCUAGGCUGGUUCAGCUGAUGGAGACCAACAGGGGCAAAGGUCAACUCAACAAGACAACUCUGAAUUUGACCCUUCAGCGAAGGCUGAUGGAGAACAUGGCCAUUGCCAGGGCACGGGAGGCUGCUCUCGCAAAGAAAAUCCAGGAGCGCCACCAGCGUCUGCAGGAAGAGGCAGCCCGCCGGUUCUCCACCACGGGGGAACCGACCAAAGCAGAGAUUGAGCUUCGCGAGUUCUACGCCAGCGUCAUGGAAUUUGAGAGCAAUGAGACCUGGCUGUUGGAAUGGAGGCGUAAGUUGAGUGCAUCCUCCCGGGACCUGCCCUUCAUUCACGCCCUGAUCAACCACAUCCUGGCUUGCCCCGACCACCCCUUCACCGUGCUCCUUAAGAAGUUCCAGUGUGCCAUCUACCAGAGCCUGCUGCCCCUGGUGCGGAAAGAUGCCCAGGAGCUGGAACAGAUCCGGGUUCCAUACAAGACGGUGGAGCCCCUGCAGCUGGCUGGCUCCAAGAGGAAAGUCAUUCCCCCUGAUGGCUUUGCGACCCCGGGAGACUUGAUGGACAAAAGUCUGGACGAGGACUUGAUGCGACGCUUACACGCCCUGAGGAACUCCAGCGAUGACGAGAAGAGGGAAUCCCUGUAUGGGGACAUGCUGGCCUCAUCUUCCUCUCUGGACGAAGACGAGGAAGACGACUUGUGGGAUGAGCUGAGCGAAGGCGACAACACCUUGGAGGAUGGGAUUGGGACGGAGUCAGAAGAGGUUGGGGGAGGUGGAGGGACGUCGGUGAACUCGGACAGCGCCUCUGUCAAGAGCCAGGUGUCUGUCGACGCUGAGCUGUGUGACAACCAGGAUGCUUCACAGAUCAGUCACCACGGGGACAAAGAUAGGCGCAACGAUGCGGGAAGACCUGGAGAGGCUGCUGUUGACGAACGUGAGCCCUCUGUUGAUGAAAGUGGUGAUCGGUUGGAAGGACAUGGGAGCAGCAUGUCCAAUGAAGGAGAAGCUGAAAUCCCUGCUGUGGAGAUUGAUGAAGAGGAGAUUGGAGAAGAGGAUGAUGUCAUCGGGCGGAUGAAGACAAUCAGCACAGAGGUCCAGGAGGAUCUCCAAGAAGCGCUAGCAGAAGGGGAGGAGCUGAGACAGCACUUGGAAACACAGAUUGAACAGGACACGGCAGAUGGAAUGGCCCCCUUGAAUGGAGACAGUGACCCCGGAGAGAUUCCAGGUGAGACUCAAGAUGCUGAUGGAAAUUCAGAGGGUGGCCAAAAAACAAUACCCCCGUCAGCUCAUGAAGGAGGUGACGGAGAAAGCAACGGCAUCCUUGGAGAAAUGGAGAAAAACGAUAACGGACCCGAUUCAGGACACGAUGCAGAGGAGAGUGCACCUAGUAACUUAGAGCAAGCCAAGAAGAGUGCCGGAGAUGGUGAAGAUGUAAAGAAAGACGAAGACGACGUGCCUGAAAGCGCUGCCACUGAAGAUGCUCCAGAGCAGGACGCCAAAGGACAGGGAGGAGAUAACGAGAGUGAAGAAGCAGGAGAGGCAAAGCAGUCUGGCAAGGAGAUGGAGGAGCAAGAAAAGAUUGCCAAGCUUCAAGAGGAUGCCUUGCAGAGGCAUCUCAAACACAUCUCCAAGGAUAUCCAGUCCUACCUGGACAGGCUACAGGGUCUUCUAGUGGCAAUAUACGAGGAGUUAGACUCCGCCGUGGCCAAGGAGCAAUGCAUCGCUGUCAUUGAGAAACACUUCUUCCAUCUCAUAUGGCGACCCCUACUCACACUCUUCAGACGAGCCAACUUGAGGAAAGAGAUCUCGGCCGCGACGGCCAUGACCAAGUACCAGCACGCCCUGCCGGAGAACAUCGGCAUCAUCAAGAAACUGUGCCUGACAUCGGAAGACGACGAUGGCGCCCCACAUGAAGGUGACCGGUACCCGUACCAACUGGCCGUGGAAGAACUGAGGAGGAUCACUGGUUACUUCAGUCCACUGGAGAAACUGGAGUGCAUAGUUAAAGCCUCUCGGGCGAUCAUUACCUGUGUUGGUGACUACUACGAAGCCCAGGGCACAUCGAGGGAAAACACUGAGAAUGCUGUAGGCUGCGAUGACCUGUUGCCCAUCCUGAGUUUUGUUGUCAUCAAAUCGGCUCUUCCUCACAUAGUGUCAGAGUGCAGCAUCAUGGAGGAGUUCAUCCAUGAGGGAUACCUGUUUGGUGAGGAGGGUUACUGCUUGACAACGCUACAGACGUCGCUUGGGUACGUUCUGAAACUGGCUGAAGACUGAUUCUGUGCCACUCUGCAUGGGUGACGAGAGUGCAGAUAAAUGGGCUUAACAAAAAAAAAAUUGAGUGCAAACUGUGUAAGACGUCAAGAAAGUUCACGGAGAGGAAUAACAAAUGUUCAUGUGUAUUAUGAGUGCAUUUCUAAGGUUUGGAGAAUCGGCCAAGGAGAUACACAACGGCCAAAAUGGAGAGGGUUUUUUCUGAACCUUAAUUAUAGCAAGGUAUAAAGUGUCAUAUGAGUCCUCUCAGCUCGUGAGCAUGUGCCAAUACGCUUUGGAAUAACUGAGACGGUGUCUCUGAUAAAAUGCGAUCAAAAUUCAGAUUUUUGCAUUUGGCUCUCUGUAGAAUAGUUUCCAAGAUGCCUCUUGUCAUUUGCCCUGAACAAAUGAAUGUUUACUCAUUUGAUUGAAAGAGGGAUAAAUCCCCGCCAAGAUUCAUACCAACACGCUUUGGUAGAGUCUGCAGUUGCUGUUAAGUCCUCUUUCACCGAAUUGCAAACGUUGACCUAAGACUGCACUCUCUGUGAAAGGUUUAAUGGCUCAAUUCAAAGAGAGUUUAAUUCGUGCUUUAUUUAGAACACACUGUGCUUUGUCUGCAAAAACUGACAUUAAUUUUGACUCGCUCAGAUGUGCUGAAAAUCAAACGUUGUGAAUUCAGUACAGCACCAGCCUGUUUUGUAUAUACCAAACACGUGAAGGAAGAGACUUGAACAAUUCAUUGCAAGUUGAAUCCUGAGAUUCAUACCGUGUCUGUAGGAACAGGUGUUUGCCAGACCCUAAACAGACUCAUAGUUCUUAGAUGUCUGUUUGGGAGCAAGGGGUAAUAACGGUUCCUGAAAAAAAACAUGAAGUUUUAUUUCUUUCUCAUUUUCUGAUUUUAAAAUUGGCUCCAGUUUUGGCUGGAUAGAAAUGCAGAUCAUGAUGAAAAGAAAAUCUUGCCAAGCGCCUGUAUAAUUUUUAAAUUAAUCAUGUCAGACAGAUGGAAUUCUGGAACUUAGUUACAAGCAACUCAAUAUUUUAGUCAAAUGUAUGGAUGUAAAAUGUAUUAUUUUGAAAGUAGUUUUGUUCAAACAGAAGCAGGACAAGCAAACUCGGUAUGUCAACAUUGCCUGUCCAAAAUGAAACACGUAAGAGGUCAUUCCGACACGCGUGUGACAUCUGCUCCAUCAGAGCGGCCUUACGCAGGCCCACGUGCGCGAUUCGUUCCCACAUAACCUUGCCUUUCUGAAAUGCCAAAUUAGCUCAUUGGAAGUGAGGCCAUGAGUUAGUGAAUUACUUGUAAAUGGUGACGUUCAGGAUGUAUGAAUUGGAUAGAAAUGCUUUCAUACUCAUAGCAGCGAUGAUCAGACUGACAAGAAGAAUCAGUGGAGGCGGAGUUUGUCCAAGUAAUUCGGAAAAUGCCACAAAAUAUUUGGGGUCUUGAUCAGUUCUCUAUAUAUACAAGAGCUCAAUUGUACAAUUGCAUAUUUUUGCCCCUCGGUGCUUUAGAGUACAUGUGGUCUUUGGACUCGUUAUCUCGAAGAAUGACAAGAAAUAAAACUUCCUGGUGAAAUAAAAUUGUUUAGAGUUACCUUUUUCUCAUCAAUAAAAAAAUUAAGUUUUUCAUCAUGCUAUAUCAGUUUUUUUCUUUCUUAACAGGUUAUGAUGUGGCCAACAAAUUGUACAUUUCUCAAAUUCUUGGCACGUUUAAAAGGGGUAUUGCUCUAGUUCCCUGUCAAAACGAGUUUUGUAAAAAGCAGGAGAAUACUUUAAUUGGAAGUCAGUACUGCAUGGAGGCGUAAUACGCUUUGCAUAUAUCCCACCUCCCACCCUUGCACACUUCCCUCUCUGUGCCUCUCCUAAGAAAAAAAAAAUAGAAAACGGCCUACAAAUUCAAUUUACCCUGCUAGCUUGCGUUCUGUAUAUGCCACCACCUGCCAAGAAUCAACCAAACUUUAGGUAGCAUUUGCCAUGCUAUGUUUAAUAUGAUUUUUUUUUUCAAAUUGGCAAUUAAAGGGCGAAUAAUAAAACUCAUAUUUACAGUAAAAUA